AUGAGAAACCGAACAAUACCUACAGAAUUCAUUCUCCUCGGGCUGUCUGAUGACCCAGAGCUUCAGGUAGUAAUUUUUCUCUUUUUAAUGAUCACAUAUAUACUAAGUGUCACUGGAAAUUUGACCAUCAUCACUCUCACCUUGUUGGAUUCUCAUCUGCAGACUCCUAUGUAUUUCUUUCUUAGGAACUUCUCUGUGUUAGAAAUAUCCUUCACGACUGUCUGCAUCCCUCGAUUUCUGAGCACAAUCAUUACAAGAGAUAAGUCCAUUUCAUACAACAAUUGUACCGCUCAGCUGUUUUUCUUUAUUUUCAUGGGAAUAACGGAAUUUUACCUACUAACUGCCAUGUCCUAUGACCGCUAUGUCGCCAUCUGCAAACCCCUGCAUUAUACAACCAUCAUGAACAAGAGAGUCUGCAUACUACUUGUCUUUUGUGCUUGGCUGACGGGAUUCUUAAAUAUAUUCCCACCGGUAGUUCUUUUCCUUCAGUUAGAUUACUGUGGCUCCAAUGUUAUCGAUCACUUUGCCUGUGACUAUUUUCCCCUCUUGCAAUUAUCCUGCUCAGACACAUGGCUCCUGGAAGUGAUUGGUUUUUACUCUGCAAUCGUGAUUCUACUUUUCACUUUGUCAUUAAUCAUUCUGUCGUACAUGUUCAUCAUUAGAACCAUCCUGAAACUCCCUUCUGCCACGCAGAGAAAGAAGGCUUUCUCCACUUGUUCCUCUCACAUGAUCGUCAUUUCCAUCUCUUAUGGGAGCUGCAUCUUCAUGUAUGCCAAUCCUUCAGCGAAAGAAAAGGCAUCAUUAACCAAAGGCGUGGCGAUUCUCAAUACAUCUGUUGCCCCUAUGAUGAAUCCAUUCAUAUACACUCUGAGGAACCAGCAAGUGAAGCAAGCAUUUAAGGACACAGUCCAAAAGACAAUGGGCAGCAUUUAA